GGAAAGGUGUUGAAGAAACAAGAGUAAAGGAGAUUAGAAGCAUCGUAGAACGGUGUAGUUGAUGAAGGAGCAUGAGUACAGAAUAAUUAUGGAGUAUGAGUGUGAAUUAUUUACACAUGCUAUUAAUUGUUUCAAAUAGAUUCUAAAGACUGGUUAGGUGUUAAAAACUCAUGAACACCAACACAAGGAGACACAAACACUAAAAGAAAGUAUAAACAGAUUUUAGGAAAGGAUUAAAUAAAUGCAUCACUAGCUGGUAUAUUUACGCUUGAAAACAAUAUUUUUUUUAUUUUGAUUGUUUAAAUUACUUGUACUAAUGUAUUGCAAGUUUAACUUUCAGGUUAAAUUCAUAUUCCAAUAACCUUCAUGAACCAAGGUCCGUAGUAUAGCCACCUUACGCUGUAGUCUUGUGAUUCACAGCUGGUGCAAUUCAGUUUUUUGUAGUGGGAGAGACCAGUGCGGGGAGGAAGUUAGGAAAUUCAUCCCCUUCCAUGAAGACUGCAUAUGGUAUACCCUCUCAUGAUUGUUAUAUCAAAUCAUUACAAGUAUAAUGAAUGUAAGCUGUAAUAAUAAUUAUUUUAGAACUGCAGUAUAACAUUGCUAUGAUUUGCAGGUGGUGUGCCGGUAAAUCUUGAGAUUAAUUUCAAUUGUGAUUGAUGUCAUGGAUUUACCCACUUGUGCCACUAGUAGUAGACUGCAUAGAUUGUACUUUUUUGCACUUAUGUUAUAUAAUAAUUUUGUUUAUUUUUCCACCAGUAUAUCACAAAAACUGUUAUUAGUGGACCCCGCUGACAAGUUCUAACUUAGCGGGGCCAAAUGCAUGUAUGAUUGGUGAAUAAAUGGAUAUUAACUUCCUUUGUUCGCCAGGUUACAGUUUGUACCAGCCAGAUAUUACGAGUUGUGACAAUUAAGAUAGAGAGGGAGACUUGAUACUUACGUCCUCUCUGACAAUAAGAGCAGACGACAUGCCUGUUUGGUGCUAUUUGUAACAACUUUAUUAUCCACUAAUUUAACUUAAUACCCAUUUUGACGUUUGCAAAAAUCUUUAUUAAUUCAAUUGAGUUACGAUAUAAUUGACUACGUGUCCAUUUCAUGAGGCACCCUUAAUAUUUUAUUGUUCCUUGGUCACUAAUUAUUAUCCAUUGAUAUCUUCCGCUAAUUUAAUCUAUCAUUUAACAAAUUGUCUCUAGAAUAAACGUAAUUGUUUAUUCUCAAAUUGUGUGCAAUGAUGUGAAACCUAAUGGCUUUACAUUCUUUCAAUUAUAAUAAAGGAAAACUUUUCAUAACUGCCUCGUAACUGUUUUACUACAUUUAAUGUAUAAUUUAUUGUUGACAUGUAUUAAUGAAUGUAUUUACUAUCGUUCCAGAUUACAUAGUAGUGAAGGACGGUGAAGGGCUGAAGUACCAGUGUCCUACUUGUGAUAAGACUUAUAUGUACAAGUACAACCUCCUGAAGCAUCGUAGGUUUGAGUGCGGUGAUCAGAGACCCUUCAGCUGUUCUUUGUGCCCUUACAGUUCCAAGCAGAAGGGCCACGUCAAACGACACAUGUUCAACAUACAUCGAGAUGUCUGUAAUACCAGGGAACAAACGACAUGUUGAGGACACAACAACUAUUACUAAAUACAAACCGUAAAUAUCACUCUUAUAACUUAUUAUUUCUUUAUGGUCAAAAUGUGGAAUGCCGAAUACAAUGGAUAUACUUAGCUCAGUUCCACCAACGAAUGGUCAUAUUUCAGGUAUGAUUACCUGUUUCUUGGAAUCGCACACGUAUCCCGUCCCUUUUCCUUUUUUGUGUUUCUCGCAGUUUUCUUCACUCAAUACAUUUCCCUUUUUUGCCCUUCUUCGAGUAAUAAAUUUCUUGCUAGUUUAUAGGUCGGCAGAUUCCAUACGGUCCUCGGCCUGACGAUGCGCAGUAGCCUACUGCUCAUGUGGAGUGGAGGGGGAAGUCGCGAGCUCAGUCUGUGAGACGGCUCCCACCUCCUUGCCAGCCGUGGUUCCCCUCUCGCGUAACUUGGAAACCACAUGGAAUCUCUCGGCCUGUAAACUUCUGACAUUUUCUGUUUUUCAAUUUGCAAUACCAUAAUAAUUUUGUAUAACUCUAAGUAUAUGACAAAUUGUAAUCAUGUAUUGUCUUGUACAUGUUACCAACUGAUAAUUUAUUAUUGAUUAGUUUUUAAGCGUUAUAUUUGCUAGUUUUCAUAAUUGAAACAUUCAGAUAACUUUGUAGAGUUUAUUUUGUAAUAACAAAAAAUAACUUGAACGCUGUACCUGGAAGUUUAUUUAUAAACAUUAGUGUUAUAACAUGAAAUGUUACACUAUCUAUUCUAUAGUUUAGUAUUUUAUUUUAAGUAAAGCAACUUUUAUGUUUGGAACUUAUUAUACUAUAUAUUAUUUGAACAUCAGAUUUAUUUUCAGGCAAUAAACAAUUUGUAACUUUUACAGAUUGAUUUACAACAGUUUUUUGUGUAUUAAGAUUUCUUUUACUUGUGUUCAAUAAAUUAAUUUAUAUGGAGGAUUUGUUGUAGAUAUCUUGUGAUUAUAUCUCUGAUAUUAAAUUUUAUAGAGAAUUGUGAAUCUUUUUUGAAUGUAUUCCCAUCUCACCAUAAAACGCACACUUUAGGUGAUAAAUUACCCAAACCACUGAAUAAUAUCGCUUAGUAACACAGAUACUAAUCCAUCGUUAAGAAACUAUUUAAAUAGGUAAAUUAAAUUUUUUUUUAACUCCAGUACUGUAGUAAUAUGAAUUUUUGGUAGGUACUAGAAAAAAGUUGAAAUAUAUACACGUAAUUUAAAAUUCUAAAAAAUGACUAUUGAAUUUAUGAAAAGAUAAUAGAACAACUACUGUCUGCCUAAAAAUGACGAAGAUUUGUGUAUUCCUAAGUUAAAAGGUCAAGGAGUUUAGAGGUACAAUAAAACAAAAAAGAGAUAAUAUAAAGCGUACAAAUAUUUUGAAAAUCCAUUUAACCAAUCCCUUCCAAUUCCAUCAAAGAAAUUUCCAAUUCUCUGAACAGUUGUUCAGAGGUUAUAAAUAAACCGUUUCUUGAUUGAUGUGCUUUCUGUAGGGUACAAAGUGGUCCAGAGGGAGAGCGGAGUGGAGAAGUUUCAGUGUUCCUUCUGCGAGAAGGUUUACGCCCACAAGUGUUCUUUGUUCAAGCACCAGAGAUACGAGUGUGGCGACCAGAGACCCUUCAGCUGUACCCUGUGUUCCUAUAAGGGUAAACAGAAGUCCACCCUUAAACUGCACAUGUUCAACAAACACAAGAAAGAGUUUAAAUGAUAAUAAUAUGUUGCAAUACGAAUUGAACAUAAUUGCAUUAACAGAUUUCACCAUCAUCACAGACCACGAUGGAUGCUUGGCUUACCAAUGUAUCUCCUGUAGCGAAACUUUCUACUACAAAAACAGUUUCCUGAGUCACAAGACUUUCAACUGUAUGGGGGAUCGCACCUCCUUCUUCGCGAACCUGUCACUGAAACGGAGACCUACAAGACCCAGAAAGAACCGAGAGGCAGCACGUAAGCGCAAACAAGCCGUUCCAGUUGACAUUCCAGUACUGGCAAGGUUCCAGUGUCUCCAGUGCACACGAGUGUACACACACCUGAGAUCACUCAAGGUCCAUCAGCGCAAGAGAAGACACCGAGGAGUCAUUAACUUGGAUCAGAACUUAGUUCAAAGUUCCAGUUUGGUUCUCGAUAGUUGAGGACGAGUCAGGUACGAAGCGGUACCGGUGCGACUCCUGCUGUCGUUCUUACACCCACAAACGUUCUCUGACCAAGCACAAGCGCUACGAGUGUAUAACUGUAUCUAUAGAACAGUCCUUAUAAGAACGACCACUUGUGUGUUGCAGGGUUCUCGAUAGUUGAGGACGAGUCAGGUACGAAGCGGUACCGGUGCGACUCCUGCUGUCGUUCUUACACCCACAAACGUUCUCUGACCAAGCACAAGCGCUACGAGUGUAUAACUGUAUCUAUAGAACAGUCCUUAUAAGAACGACCACUUGUGUGUUGCAGGGUUCUCGAUAGUUGAGGACGAGUCAGGUACGAAGCGGUACCGGUGCGACUCCUGCUGUCGUUCUUACACCCACAAACGUUCUCUGACCAAGCACAAGCGCUACGAAUGCGGUGAUCUCCGUCCUUUCUCCUGUAAUGUCUGCAGCUACACGUGCAAACAGAGGGCGCACCUGAAGAUACAUGUUACCAAGAGGCAUUACAGACUCUAGAGUUGGCGUUGUGGAUGCUGACUAUGAUUUUGUUGUUUAAGAGAGUGAUCUUUCUUCGUUUGGGUUAAUUUUGAUGACAAUUUCAAAGUCAACCAUUUAAAAUUGAAGAGCGUUUCACUAAAAAUAGGACAUAGCCAACUGUAGGAAUUUUAGCCAGUUUUAUAGCAAGGCUAAAAAACUCAUAAGGCCUGGAAAAUUCAAUAUAAAUUAAGAACAUUUAUUCUUUAACCUGGAAAACCAAGGUUCUUCUCAAAUAUAUUUGAAAUACAUGCCACAAGAAAACAUACUCUUAUUAUCAGCGGUUUUUCAUUAGACUGAAAGUUUUAAAAAGUACUAUUUGUAAUGUUUUCAAAAAAUGUUGGAUAGUAUGUGAUACUAUUUUGUCUUCAGAGGAAAUGUCUGAAAGAAUUAUUGUCAAAAUAAAAAUAAAAAUAACCCAACCGAAAAUUGUUUUCACCAACUUAAUGUUAAAUGAAGAACAAAAAUAAAUCAAGCAAACAAAAGUAACCUUA